GUAAAGGGGGGGGGGGGUUUGGAGAUUCUUUCAAGAAUGCAUGGCUUCCUCCUAUUCCGCUUCAACAGAAGCCCUUAAAAUCCUGCUGCUAUGGCAGCAAGGGUUAUCCAUUUCAUAGGCGAGGGUGGGGGAGAAGCAAGCCGAACCUCUGAUCGACCCGGACACGUCAAAAAUUCUCGGCGCCGAGAGAAAGACGAGAUUCGGUAAGUAAUUCAGUGAGUGCUUUCUUUUAUAAGAAGAGCGUCGGCUUGGAAGAAGAAAAUGAAAUACGAACAACCGCGCUGGUUGUAAUAGAUCGACUUGAAUGCGUCUUCUUGCUCCAACAUUCAAGUUCCAUUUCAAGGGAGGACGACGUACCAUGAUACUUUCUGUUUUGUCGAGCCCUGCUUUGGUCUCUGGUUUGAUGGUUGUACGUGCUAAAAAUCCGGUACAUUCCGUUUUGUUUCCCAUCCUAGUCUUUUGCGACACUUUUGGUUUACUUAUUUUGUUAGGUCUCGACUUCUCCGCUAUGAUCUCCCCAGUAGUUCAUAUAGGAGCUAUUGCCGUUUCAUUCCUAUUCAUGGUUAUGAUGUUCAAUCUUCAAAUAGCGGAGAUUCACGAAGAAGUAUUGCGCUAUUUACCAGUGAGUGGUAUUAUUGGACUGAUCUUUUGGUGGGAAAUGUUCUUCAUUUUAGAUAAUGAAACCAUUCCAUUACUACCAACCCACAGAUAUACGACCUCUCUGAGAUAUACGGUUUAUGCCGGAAAGGUACGAAGUUGGACUAAUUUGGAAACAUUGUGCAAUUUACUUUAUACCUACUAUUCCGUAUGGUUUUUGGUUUCUAGUCUGAUUUUAUUAGUUGCUAUGAUUGGGGCUAUAGUACUUACUAUGCAUAGGACUACAAAGGUGAAAAGACAGGAUGUAUUCCGACGAAAUGCCUUGGAUUCUAGGAGCCAUAUAAUGAACAGGACUAUUUCUCCUUUUGGCCAUAGCCAUAGAAGAAGCUUCUCCUCCAGAGCGGGGGGACCGCCUGACAAUUACAAAGAAACCUUUAAAAUGUGGAUUUAGUGCUCAGAAUAUAAGGAUUUCCCUAGCUUAAAAUGCAAGAUAGACAGACUUCUUACAUUCCUUGAGCCUGGGGAGAUCCUAUUCAUGGUAAACACGUUCCCCCGGGACUUUCCUCUGCUCGAGAUCUUAGAACCCCAUGAUAUCCUAAAUAUAA